UGAAGACAUUGCAGAGAGGCUCCUGUGGAAGACACCUGCUGUUCCAGUAGCAGUCUCUUGAGAAGUUAUAGAGCAGACUAUCCUGAAGACAUCCACUGAACCAAAAUGAUGAUGUUAUGGAUUUUGUGUCUGCUGAUUGGAAGCAUGACCUGUACUCCUGUACGAAAAGCCUACAGAUCAGACAAUGCUGCUCCGGCACCCUCAGGCCUCAUUCCUUUCUCUCAUUACUCUGGGCAUUGGCGAGGAGGGGUGAGGUCUGACCUGGGCAGCAGCUCUUCUCUACCAAGUCUACCCAACCCAAGCUCUGGCAAACCCUCUGAGCUUCCUGCUCCUCAAGAUGGCCUUUCCAGUGCUGGCCCUGGCGGUUACGGCAGCCACAACAUGGCUGGGGGUAAUAACUACUACAGUGGCUAUGCUAGUUUCAGGGAUGAGCACUUUAACAGCCCUGAGGUCAGUAACUAUGGGGCUGCUUAUCCAGCUUCUCAGUCCAGUGGGUAUGACAGCAGUGCUCCAGGUGGCAACUAUUAUGGCUAUGACUAUGCUAGCUCAGGUAUUGGUUAUGUGGGGGACGCCUCUACCAGCUAUGCUGCCGGUGACGAAAACCCAGAGCCGGUCUUCAGUGACGUGUCUGAUCUGGAGCCAGUUUACUCCUUCAGCUCCCGCUCAAGCUACCAGCAUGGAAGAGAGGUGUAUACUCAAACCCGCUACACCCCAGGAGAGCCUGCUGUUCCCCCAGUCUCAGGACCCAACAGCAAAACUUCAAACCAGAGAAGUCCUGCUAAAGCACCAACCAAAGGUGGCUUCUGAAAGCCUUUUGUGGUCUCCAUGCUGCUCCUGAAUUGUACAUCUAAUGCCAAUAAACUAAAUUUCAUAACAAGUC